AUGCUGGCCAUGACACUGCACCACUUGGAAUACACCCGCAACCGUACGACAUCCGGAACACUUGUGUUUUAUUGGAUACUUGUCCUUGUGAGCGACACAAUCAAAUUGCGCAGUCUGGUUCUCUCACGAAGCACUGAUACCACUGAAGACUAUCCGGGUCAAUUUGGACUAUACUUAAUCGGAAACAUAUUCUCACUAUGUAUGUUUUUACUCGAAUUUACCCUGAGGCCCAAGCGUCUAUCUUGGUACAAAGACAUCAAUUCCGACGAGAGAGAGUGCCCUGAAACCACGACGUCAAUGUUUGGAAGACUAGUAUUUUCUUGGAUAUCACCCUUGAUGACAUGGGGAUCCGAUCAGUUAUUGCUAAUUGACGAUUUAUGGUUCCUUGGACAUGAUAUUCGUUCUUCCAUUAUCAGCACCAGAUUUCAAGACGCCUGGGACAAAGAAAAAUCCAAGAAAAAUCCCUCCUUAUCUCGCAUCCUUUUCCCACUCUUGGAAGGCUCAUUCUAUUUUGCAGGGUUAUUGAAAGCCAUGCACGACAUCCUGCAAUUUAUGCAGCCUAUUCUCCUAAAACAAUUAAUGAACUGGGUAGCUAGCUACACGACGGACGAACCAGCGCCGUCUUACAAUGGCGUUUUAUUGGCAGUUGGCAUGUUGAUUGUCGCUCUAGGACAAUCAUUGUUUUACAACCAGUUCUUGCAGCUGUGCCAUACAAAUGACAUGAGACUUUCUGCAGCAUUGAUAACAUCAAUGUCUAAAAAGACUCUUGAAUUGAGUACUCCAAACAGACAGCAAUCAGCAAUGGACGAAAUACAUAACAUCAAGGGUGUCUGUGCUCAUCUGCAUAUAUGGAGUGGCAUAUUUCAACUGGUCAUUGGAUUGCUGCUUUUGUAUAGCACACUAGGAUUGAGUUUCUGUGCAGGUGCUCUUGUUCUUGUUCUUGUGAUCCCACUUUAUGCAAUACUUGAUGUACUGAUGCGCAAUCACAAGAAAAUGCAAAAACAAAACAAUCAAGGGAGAAUGGAUCUAGUGAGUGAAGUCUUAAAAGGUAUACGUGCUAUCAAGAUCAAUUGCUGGGAGGACACAUUCAUUGACAAGAUUAACCACGUUCGCAAUACUACUGAGCUUCCUGCAAUCAGAAAACAAAGCAUGUUGAGAUUGUUCCACGCCUUUACUUUUAAUGCCAUCCCAUUCUUUGCAGCCGUCUCUUCAUUCGCACUUUACACAAAACUAUCGACAUCUGCACUAACAAGCCAAGUCGCCUUUGUGUCUAUUUUGCUCUUCAACAUUUUGUUUUCCUUGCUUUCCCUUUUUCCUACCAACCUUGCAUCUGCCUGGACAGCAACCAGAGCCUUGCGCAAAAUCCGCCUUUUCUUGACCUUGGAAGAGCGCGAUCCUGACGUACUACACAAACAAGAUUUUCGACUGCUUCCUGAAUGGACAUCUGACACACCCCUAAUUGAUAUCUCCAAAGGAAGCUUCGGAUGGUCAAAAGCAGGUCCAUCUGUGCUGAAUGAAAUUGACUUUCAAGCCAAAAAAGGUGAUUUGGUAGGAAUCACAGGAUGUCAAGGAGCAGGAAAAUCAACCUUGUUAAGUACUCUUUUGGGAGACACAUUCAAGACUUCUGGAAAUGUUACCAUUCGCGGAUCUAUUGCGUAUGUAUCCCCUGAACCCUGGCUAACUCAGACAACACUGCGAGACGCCAUUGUAUUUGGCCACAGAUGGGACAAACUUUUUUAUCAGCUCGUAUUAAGCGUGUGCAGACUUCAGACUGAUCUGGAAAACCUACCAGAAGGUGAUAACACUUUGAUAACGGGAGACUAUUUCCCCUUGACUUCCAGUCAACAGUCUCGUGUAGCUCUUGCCCGUGCAUUAUAUGCUCGCGCAGACAUUUAUUUGCUAGACGACCCACUGAAAAACAUCGAUCCUAUCACAAGAACAAUGAUAAUGGAAGACGUACUUGGCCCACGCGGUUUAUUAAAAAACAAAGCGAGAAUAUUGGUUACAGAAGCCAUCAGUGAUCUGCAAAGGGCAGACAGGGUUUUGUUAUUGAAGAACGGCAAAAUCGAAAUGGACGGAAGCUUUGCAGCGUGGAUGCACAGACGUUCAGGAUUGCACACUCUAUCGAGAUCGUCAGCAUCAAUAACACAGAACCAGCCUACUCACAGACAACGACGUUCACGACAAGAAAGUGUAGAAAGUAUCGAGACCACCAAAUCGCUCAAGAGAGCAUCGAUGGCAAUGUCCUUGUUUGAAAACAGCCCACCUAGACAUACACGAACAAGGAAAACUGUCGAUGAACCCCUUGAAGCACUAAAAGAAUCCGUCGAUGGAAAAGUUGUUCAAAGCUACAUGAAGUCAUGCUCACUAUUUGGGAUCUUUGCCAUGCUAUUAUUCUUGAUAUUUGCUCAGGCUUCUCAAGUUCUGGCAAAUCUGUGGCUCAAGUAUUGGCUUGAUUCGAAUAUUCAGUUGAACUUUAGUUCCUACAGCUCCCCAUGGCUAUACAUUGAACUUUAUGCCGGGCUAGGUUCCACAUCUACUGUAGCGUACAUGCUAUACACACUUAUUUUGUGGGGAUACUGCGCCCACGGAUCAGCCAGAAAGUCGCACUCUAGUAUGCUAAGAAAUGUUGUUCGAUCGAAAAUUGAGUUUUUCAAUGCUCCUUACAAGACCAUUCUAAGCCGUUUCUCCACUGAUCAGUAUGCGAUUGACCAAAUAUUACCAGAGUCAUUUGAAGUCUUUUUCCGUGUCCUGGUUUCUAUUAUUGCAACCAUAAUUACCAUUACACUCUCAACCCCAUUCUUUUUGGUCCUUGUAAUCCCACUCUCACUUAUACUCGUCAAUAUACAGCACACCUAUCGACCCAUCUCACUUAGACUAAAUCAACUUUGUGAAAAGUACAAAGCCGAUCUCACAUCUCGUCUCCAGGAGCUCCACUCAGGAAUGGUUACCAUUUGUGGUUUUAACCAGCAGCGCCGAUUUUUAGUACAGAAUGAAGAGUUUUUAGACGAUUAUCAGAAUAUCUAUCAUUUGCAUUUCUCGUGUAAGAGGUGGAUGUCAGUCCGUAUCGAGCUUUUGGGAUCUGUAGCUAUAUUUGGCGCCGCUAUAUUAGCCGUCAUUGGUGUAUUGUAUGGCGCAAGCUCUUAUAGAGACCCGGGAUUAGUGGGUCUUGGACUUCUUUACGCCCUGACAGUAACCAAAUCGCUUCAUGAAAUGGCCAGCUCACUGAGUGAUAUAGAGACUCAUUUUAUUAGCGUGUCUCAUGUACAAGAGUAUAUCGAGCAAGUACCUGAAAAAUAUGAAGCAGUCCGACGCGUUCACCCAAUGUGGCCUAUUGAAGGUUCCAUCGAAUUUUGUAAUUAUUCUGCAAAUUAUCACGCAGGUGUAUACCACAACAUGCAUGGAUUGUCCUUCAAAAUCGAAGCAGGAAGUCGUAUAGGUGUAGUAAAUAGAUCUGAUUCCGGAACAGUCCCAUUAAGCUUGUGCUUAUUACGAAUGAUCGAACAAACUCAUGGGGCAAUAUUAAUUGAUGGAGUUGAUAUUAGCACUAUCCGCCUUUCCGAUAUUAGAUCUCGAUUGGCUAUAAUUCCUUGCAACCCAAUAUUAUUCUCUGGAACUAUUCGAGAACAUCUGGACCAAUCAGGAAUUUAUGAAGACGUACAAAUAUGGAGAGCUCUCCAAGCCGUUGGCAUUGAUGGUGUUGUGACAAAUUUGGAAGGGCAACUGAGUAGUGUCGUGACUGAAGAAAAUAUGCCUUUCUCACUGGUUUACUUGGCACGUGCAAUUCUGCGUAGAGCCACCAUUCUGGUCUGGGAAGAGUCCAACGAAGUUGUAAGCAAGAUAAGAGUGAAGAGCUCAAAGAGAAGAAAAAAGAAGAAAAAAUUCCAAAGUUGCACAGUCCUUACCAUUGCACACAACGUUGGCUCAGUCAUGGAUUCUGACAAAGUGCUUGUCUUUAGUCAGGGAACCGUAAUCGAGUACAAUUCACCUUGUGAACUCUUGUCUGAUAAGGACUCUAUAUUUUACUCCAUGUCAACAGAAGCUAAUAUCUGCGACUAG